AACAAAAAGAAAAUCCGCUUUCGUGGUUUCCCCGCUCGAUCGAACGUAUAAUUCCAUAACGAUCGAGGGAGUGCCUUUUGUUCGAGGAUCGAGCGAUAAGUAGAAUUUUAUACUCGGAUGAAGCAGUUAACACGCUUCUCUUGGCGAGAUUAAUAAUUAUCUUUCUUCCUUUCGAUCGAUGCUUGAAACGCAUAAUCCUAGCGCACAAUCGUCCUAUUUAACAGGUAUGCUUCGCGGAAAUCGUUUAAGCGGACCAGAUACGAAACGCAAGGCUUUAUUUGAAUUGUAAAUGUUCAUAACUGGAUAAUUGGUGAGAUCGUUACGUCUCGUUGAUCCUACGGAUUUAUUCACAUUAUAGUUCGUUUUCAUUGGAUCGUUGCCAGCAGAGAAUUCUCAUAUUUAUGAAGGGAAAGCGCGUGCGACGACGAGAUCGAAGGAUAAAUCUAAACUGGGAAAAGGACGAGAAUUUGAGAAUCUUAAUGAAACUCGAUGAAACAUAAGUAGGUGAUGGCGAAAAAUGCGCAAAAUCGAGCUUGUUUACAGUUUACACCCGUCGAUGGUUUCUAUGAAUAGACGAGGGAGUCGAACGCAAUUUUUUUUCGAUUCAAGAUAUCGGAACUGGUACAAUCGCCGGAAAGAAACGAGGGUAGGAGGUCGAACGAGCGUUUCUCCUUCUAUCUCUCUUUCCCUCCAUUAUCUGGUGAAAAGUACGGAAAAUUUAUCGUACUGAGACAAAACAGGCAUUAUGAUUAAUUAAUAAUCCCGAUAACACAAAGCAUCCUUUGUUUCCGGUGGUCGAUAGAAAUCGAAGAUCACUCGGGAUGAUUCUAUCGGCGUGUUUCUUGUAAACUCGGUAAGAUCGGUGCUUCACGUUUCCUUUCACGCAUCGCCGAUCGAUCCUUCAAUUAUAUCACAAUGAGAAAGAUCUUCUUAUCACGCGUGCUACGUUCUCAAGUACGAUGAUUUAUUACGUGUGUAAUGGUGAAUAUCGAUUACUUUGUACUUUGUUUCGAGUAAUUAUUACGAUACGUACGUACGACUCGUAUUAAAUUAAAAAGAAAAUAAGGAAUAAAACAAUUCGAAGCGAUUCCGCGUCUGCGCUCUCAAGGAAGACAAACACGCUGUGUUAUUUAUAAACGCUUUGGAAAUUAAGACAAUCGGUCAACGACUACGAAUUAUCUUAGCUUUUUCCUCUUUUAUAUUUACCACACGUUCUAUGUCGUUUUCAUUAAUAAGCAAGAACGGUAGAUUUUAAAUCCUUGGAAAACGAAUAAGUUAGUUGCAAGUGACAAUUCUCUAAUUUUGAAGAGAAUUUACGUAGUUACGAAGCAAGAGAUCGAAAUAUAAAAUAGAAAUGGCAAUUGAAAAACGGGAAUCCGUCGUCGGUGAUUUAUUUGAAAGAAAAUAGUCGUUCGUACGCGAGCGAUUCGGUUCGUAAAACGUAAAAGAUUGUUACGACGUCGCGAGGAUGCAAAAGCAUCCCCAGUGCGACUUCUUUUCGACAUAGGCGGUCAAAGAAAACAAGAAGAAAAUGCCGACGAGUCCUCUCUCGCGUUAACCCCUUCCCUCCGUUUCUGCAAUCGGUGUGCACGCGUCUGUCCACCAACAGGCAUGCUCUUCUUGUUUGCCCCCUCUCUCGGGGCUCUCUCGAGGUCCGUAAAAUCUGGAACAAGAACCGCGUGGCGAGACGAACCGGUACCAGUGACACCGAGAGACUCGGUAGCAACGGAGCUCUUCCAAAGAGACGACUUUCUCGGUCUCACAUUGGUCCACGUCUUUUAUCUUUCACACGAAUAAGAAGAAAAUCGAAGAGUACCGAAGUCAAAUUCAUCUUUCCUUCAUUCUCCCUACGAGUACGGAAAACGUUAUCUACGCAAAAGAUAAAACUCUAACGAGCAACAGUGAUAGAGCAUUCCUUUAUCGAUAACAAAUUCCUUCGGUCGAUAGUCGUUUUUUCGUUGAAUUUAACGAAAUAAAAAUAAAAGAGAAAAGACAGGAUGACGUCGAAAAGACAUUGUUCGACAGCGGGAAUCAAAGGAUUUGGCAUGGCAACGAUCGUCUUGACGAUCUUUCUCCUUUUGAAUAUCCUCGGGACGAUGGAUUGCGCGCCUUAUAGAAGAUCUCAUUUGAGAACACUGAGGUUGUGCUCGAAAAGGCUCAGCGACGCGUUGUACCUGGUUUGCAGCGAGCGAGGAUACAACGAACCCUUCUCGUACAGCGGCGAAGACGAGCCACGCGGUCCUACUGGCCCUGGACUCGUCGAAGAAUGUUGUUAUCACUCCUGCAGCUACGUACAACUAGAGCAGUACUGCAAGCCAACGUCCGAGGAGAAGCGGGGAGGUUCCCGCGACGUCAUAGAGGAGUCCAUCAGAAUAGUGAACUUACCCGACUCUUUUGUGGAAAUACAAUCGCCGUCGAAAGAAGAGAAACCGUUAUCGCCAAGUAAUCAUCAUACAAGAAAAGGCAAGGACUGUCGGUCGAAGAACGGUCGAAAACACGGACAUGGCGAAUGUUAUUAGGAAGAAAAAAGAAAACAAAUUUUUCUUCGAAACCUUUACAAAGGAGAGAAAUAGCGAAUCGUGAUAGUCACGAGCGUAUUCGAGUGAAAGCGCCGUCGAAAGCAUCGCCAAUCUCGACUACCUCGUUAGCAAAGUUCGCAGAAACUCAUCUUCUUCGUCCUCGUGAUCUUUUUCGAGAUGGAGAUUGGAGAUAGAACGAACUCGUAUCUCUUUUUCUACAAGACGAAAUAACUACAACAACCAUCUACAGGAUCAACGACGAUCGUAGAUGCUUCGAACUUUUUCGUACAUAUUUUAAGUAGAUAUAUUUUUAAGUAAUCGAAGGACGAUGAUAGCUCGAAUUGCACGCUGAGUAUUUGUGCGUGAGAGAGAGAGAGAGAGAGAGAGAGAGAGAGAGAGAGAGAGAGAGAGAGAGAGAGAGAGAGAGAGAGAGAGAGAGAGAGAGAGAGAGCGAGAGAGCGAGAGCGAGCGCCACGUUAUUUUGAUAUGUUAAGGAAUCUAGUCCCACAGAAGGGUGCUGGUUGGUCGUUGUUUUAUAAUCGACGUUAUCAACUCUGUCGUCCAUUUGUGAUUUUCUUCGUAAUUUACGGGAAGAGGAUGAUUCGACGAAUCUUUUCUUUUUGCUUUUUUUUUUUUUUUUUUCUUUCAUGUUAAGACUUACAAAGUCGAAAGAAAAAUGGCGAGUUAGGGAAUGAGUUCGAAACACGCAAAAUUAGAAGACUUGAAAUUUGUGGAUCGCCAGCAAUGAGGGAAGAAGAAUCAAGAGCUUUGCUUCUCGAGUACGACUUCCUUCCUAAAGACAGUAACGAUUAACGUAACGUGAGAAAAUUUGUGAUUCAUUCAAUCCAUUAAUGUAUUUCUAUUAUUUUUUCUUUUUUUUCUGUCGUUCUAAAGAUUGAAUUUGAGAUUAAUCACGUGAUCUCACAGAGGAAGACUUAAUAAAGAUUUUAUUAAUGUAAAAUAUUUUUAUAGGCAUGUCAAGUGCAACGGACAGCUUCGCUUUCGAGUUGCCGGUGACAUUAAUUCUCUUACCGACUGAUGAUCUCACUAGUAUUAAAUAUCAAUUAUUGUUUAGCGCUAAAUAAUCGUGUUAUUAACCUUAACGAUUAAGUAAAAUACGCACCUCGGACUAUCGGACGUGGUUAGAAGCAAAUCGUUUGUACGAUUCAUCUGCGCGCGAGAAAAAUCAAAGUGAAAUAACUUUCGAUCGGGAAUCAAUUGAAAAAUGCUUCUAUCUGUUAGGGAUCGAUAUUAACUAAUUCAUUGAUUUAGUCCUUUAUUUAUUGGAAUUUCGCUGGCAAUUGGAUCGUAUGAUUAGCGAUUAAUAAAUAUUUAUAUAUAGA